AUGUUCCGAAUUGCUGCGUCACCAUUGUGGACCUGCAAAAAAUGCCUCUACAGACAAUUUCAGGUUCGAAGAACUCUUACCCAUCACAAAUCACACCAGAAAUAUGAGAAUAGUGGCCAAGUAUUACUGCCCGUCAGCCACUCAGCUCCAGGAAUUAAAAAUGACGAGGUAAUUUUGCGGCAGAUGUUUGAUUCCCCCAGAUUUUGGGAGGAGUACUCGCAAUGUUCAAAAUCCGGACUCAAUUACGGUCUCUUUCAAAACAGAUAUCUUACCAAACCAGAGGGCUUUAUAGAAUUUGCCAGGACAAGCUUGGAAAGAGCCCAGAGACUAGUCGUCAAAGUAUUGGCAGCAGCCUCUGAAAAAGAAUACCGUCAUGUGGUUGUUGAUCUAGACAGACUGAGUGAUCUUCUCUGCCGUGUCAUAGAUCUUUCGGAUUUUGUACGCUCGACACAUCCCGAUUUCAAAAUGCGAGACGCGGCUACGCAGGCCUAUUUGGAUUUAUACGAGUACAUGAAUGUUCUAAAUACUACCACUGGCCUAGCCAGACAGCUCGACAUCGCCAUAGAUAAAGCAUCGUCGCUGGGUUGCCGUGACGAAGAAGAGAUUGUGGUGGCUAAAAUAUUGAAGAGAGACUUUGAAAAGUCGGCGAUUGAUCUGCCACAUACCCAGCAAAAACGCUUUGUCUCUCUCUCCCAGGAAAUCAGCAAAAAUGGGCAGCAAUUUGUUGAUGAUAUGGCUCCCAAAAACAAAUUUUUAAAAUUCUCUAGUAGCAGGUUACGAGGUAUGGAUCCAAUGCUCGUUAGCCGACUUACGAUGUGGGGCCAGACUACGCUGCCCUCUGUUGGACCUUCGGCCAGUGCCGCACUACAGACAGUGCACGAUGAAAAUGUCAGAAAAGAAAUCUAUAUAUCUAGUAGAUCUUCAUCACAAGAGACAAUCGAAAGAUUGCACAAGCUGCUGCGUGAUCGGGCUGAGUUGGCUCAGCUCUCAAGGUUCAAAACUUAUGCACACAUGAUAUUAGAGGAUAAAAUGGCAAAAUCACCUGAAUUAGUCUAUGCCUUCUUACGAGCUCUAUCUCAUAAAAACAAAAGUUUGGUUACGGCAGAGCUAGCACAGCUUUUGAACGCCAAAAGACAGUCUACCAAUACUACUCAUGUAUCCUUUCAUCCAUGGGACAAGGAAUAUUUUAUGUGUCAAGCCAUGUCAUUAGCUCGGUCCAAGCUGAGAAAUUCUGACUUUUUGUCGUCAUACUUUUCAUUGGGUAGAGUAAUGCAAGGGCUAUCACGCCUCUUUUCUCGACUCUAUGGUAUCCGCUUUAUUCCUCAUGCAGCUCUUCCUGGAGAAACAUGGAAUGCCGACGUUCGAAGACUGGACGUAGUAUCAGAGAGCGAUGGCCAUGUUGCAGUUCUAUAUUGCGAUCUUUUUUCGAGACCGGGAAAGUCACCGAACCCAGCGCACUUUACGCUUCGGUGUUCUCGGCUCAUCCGCCAGUCUGAAAUCGAAGAAUUCUCCACUUCAACAAAUUCUAUUUUUGAUAGCGCUGCCGCCGCAGCCAAUGAUGGUAUGGCAAUAUCUGCCACUCCAGAAGGUGUGAUGCAAUUGCCAACUAUUGCGCUUAUUUGUGAUUUUGUGCCCAACACAUCUCAACGACCAUGUCUCCUAUCUUUCUCCGAACUUACCACCCUUUUUCACGAAAUGGGCCACGCUAUUCAUUCGAUUCUGGGGCGAACAAAAUUCCAAAAUGUCUCAGGAACCCGUUGUGCAACUGAUUAUGCCGAGUUGCCUUCGGUGUUAAUGGAGCACUUUGCUGCUGAUCCUCAUGUAUUAGGAUUAUUCGCUGAACAUUAUGAGACGGGAGAAAAAUUACCGUUCAGGAUUGUUGAAGAAGCGCUGAAUCUCAACAGUAUGUACGAAGGUUGUGAAGUAGAAAAUCAAAUUAUUUUAGCGCUUUUUGAUCAAGAUUGUCAUUCAGCAUUCCCGCUGGCAUCGAAUUUUGACAGCUCAAAGGUUUAUCAUAAUACUCAAGCGAUGCAUGGAGUCUUGCCUCCAGAUCCUGAAACGACAAGCUGGCAGGGAUUUUUCGGACAUCUCUUCGGUUACGGAGGCAUGUACUAUAGCUACCUCUUUGACCGAGUUUUGGCCAAAAAGAUUUGGACUGAAGUUUUUGAUAACGGAAACUCUUCAGUCUCGCGUAAGAAUGGAGAGCGAUUUAAGCAGGAGGUUCUGCAGUGGGGAGGCUCUAGGGAUCCGUGGCAAAGCUUAAGUGCCGUCCUCAAUGACGACAGAUUGAUAGGUGGCGGUGAGAAAGUCAUGAGCCUCGUUGGUGGUUGGGGUAUUCAGGGAAAGAGGUAA